CGGCGGCGAGAGGGCAGACAAACUGGUCGCUUUUUGCGCGUAAUUUGGGCGGCAUUUACGCUAUGCCCCUUUUCUGGCGCAAGGCAGGGUCAUUAAUAGAGACAUUUACGGUCUGUUUGCGCGCAAUAUGAACCACGGCCGCGAGAGGGGAGUUCGCAAAGACAUAUUUGGGUUGCAUGCGCAUCAUCCCGGCCCCAUGCCUCAAAAAGCCCCAGCUUGCCAAUCAUGUGCAUAUAGCGCGCCUCUAUUCUGACUGUGCAAUUGGUAACACCAGGUUGGCGCUGUAUAGCGCGUAUCCAGUUGUGUUGUUGCCCUGUAUUGCGCCUGCCUGUGGCGCCGCUCAACGCCAAGCAGCUUUGCCGCGCGCCGGCGGCUGUAAGAUUCCGUCACAUUUGAACAGGGUUGCAGCUAUGGGCGCACCUUUGGACGUGGAGGCUGGGGGCGCAAACGGAAAUGGCGACAAGGCUCAGAACUAUGUACGCGAGAAGUCCUUCGCGCCUCAGGGCAUGCGCAUCAUCUUCAAGGACCUGGACUACCACGUGCCCAGCAACACCCAGAAGGGCGUGCGCGCCUACCUGCUGAAGAAGGUGUCGGGCUUCUUCGAGGCGCACCAGAUGGCGGCCCUGAUGGGCCCCAGUGGCAGCGGCAAGACCACGCUGCUGGACGUGCUGGCGGGGCGCAAGACGGAGGGCAAGACCGAGGGCACCAUCGCCUUCGCCGGCCAGAAGCCCACGCCGCAGUUCCUGCGCCGGUACACCGGAUACGUGGAGCAGUUUGACACGCUGCUGGGCAGCCUGAGUGUGUACGAGAUGUUGCUGUACACGGCGGAGCUGAAGCGCUCCACGCAGGAGCCGCUGGAGGAGAAGAAGGCGGCGGUGGAGGAGCUGCUCACCAAGCUGAGCCUGCAGAGGUGCAGGGACGUCAAGAUCGGCAACGCCAUGGCCAAGGGCAUCAGUGGCGGCCAGGCCAAGCGCACCAACAUCGGCAUCGCGCUCAUCACCAACCCCCGCGUGCUGUUCCUGGACGAGCCCACCUCCGGCCUGGACAGCUUCACAUCCAACGAGGUGAUGACCAUGGUCAAGACGCUCACGUCUGACGGCGUGACCAUCUGCGCCACCAUCCACUCCCCCACCAGCUACUGCUUCAGCCUGUUCGACAGCCUCAUCAUGAUGGUCAAGGGCCGGGUGGUGUACUUCGGGCCGCGCGGCCACAACGCCAUCGAGUUCGCCCAGAGCGCCUGCCCGCAGGUCAAGGAGUUCCUGCCCGGCUACAACGACGCCGAGUACCUGGUGGACCUGGUCACGGAGGCCGACAUCGCGGGCCACUCGGACGUGUUCGCGGACCACUACGCCAACAGCGACCUGGCCAAGGAGAACGGCGCCAAGAUCGACAGCUUCCUCACCGAGAGCUCCGACGUGCUGCCCGAGCACAUCCAGAAGGAGCUGGCUGUCCGCUCCGCCACCGUGACCCCCUGGUGGUGGGGCCUCAAGACGCUGGUCAAGUACCGCACCUCCAAGAACUACCGCGACGGCGAGUUCCUGGGGCCGCGCAUCGGCGACAAGAUCAUGAUCAGUCUGCUGAUCAUGACCCUGUACCUGGGUGUGGGCGACGAGUUCAACGACUCCAACUACAUCAACAUCGCCGCCGUGCUGUUCAUGUGGUGCACCCUGCCCGCCUUCGGAGCCGCCGCCUACGUGCCGGCGCUGGUGCUGGAGCGCAACCUGUUUACUCGCGAGCGCAAUGACGGUCUGUACCUGGUGGUGACCUACCUGCUGUCCAAGAUGGUGGACGAGCUGCUGCUGGCGGGGCUGGCCAGCCUGGGCAUCAGCGCCUACGUGUUCUACGGCAUCCAGCUGCAGGGCCAGUGGGUCACCUUCUGGCUCAUCUACUACAUCACCCUGUCCAACGGCAUUGUGCUGGCCUACUUCAUCGCCGCCAUCAGCCCCAACCUGGACGUGGCCAACGCGCUGCUGCCCACCUACGUGGUGACGCUGCUGUUCUUCGGCGGCUUCCUGUUCCGCUUCCACGAGAUGCCGCCCUGGUGGAAGUGGUACAGCUACAUCGACUUCCUGCGCUACAGCUGGGGCAGCCUCAUGGUCAACCAGUUCACGGGACCCAUGGGCGACCCGGCCUGGAUGGGCUCCACCGUCCUCAACUACUACUCUCUGGGCGAGGUGGACAAGUGGACCUACAUGGGCUACCUGGCGCUGUUCUUCAUCGUGUUCUUCCUGCUGGCGCUCAUCACCAUGACCUUCAAGAAGUACCAGAGCAGGUAGAGGGCGAGCAGGACCAGGAGGAGGAGGAGCAGCCGUUGAGGAAGAGGAGCUGGAGGAGGAGGAGGAGCAGCUGUGGAGGGGCAGCAGCGCGCUGGCAGCACCAGCAGCACCAGCACCAGCAACUGCUGCUGGGUGAGGCGGGAGCAAGAAGGAUGGGGGUGCUGUGGUUGGCUUGUGAACUCGCAAUCGGAGGCGGGGUGAGUCAUUGUGCAGGGCAUUGUGCGUGAACCCCGAGUCGAAGGGCUGUCGUUACGGGGAGGGACUCUGCUAGUAGGGUGUGUGGGUACGUGUGCACUGCUUUGUUGUCAUCCUCUUAUGUUUCAAUGUUGACGAAUUCGUUCGUGCAUGCGUGUGUCCUUUUACACACAUUCAACGGGGUAACGAUGUUAUCAUUUCGUGGGGGCUUCCUAGCAGCAGGGUAGCUGCUGGGACAGUUACAUCAGUGUGAACCCUCGUCCAUUAUUACGGUCGUAUGGCCGACGUCGCUCACUGCGUUCACCUUUAUGGGUAUCGAAAUCGUGCCCUUUCACCAAAGGUUAUUGUUGGUGCCAUUGGGACGCGGAAGGGCCCAGGGCUUGGGCCCGAAGGUUUCGAAUUGGGCUGUCAGAGAGGCGAGUUGUUGAGCUGAGAUUCACUCGACACACGCCUGCACUUUUGCCAUUAAGCCUGCAAGAGGAUUGGGGGGAAAAGUAGGCGGCUGCCGUGCGGCCUUUGCGGCACCCACACGUUCGAAUCCAUGUGGGUGCGAGGUGUGGGCCCUGCAACCCUGACGCGCGUACAGCGGUGUGGUUGAGAUUGCAACCGGAGGAGUGGCGAGAGAGAGAGCGGCCCCGCAGACGGCCCGUGCUCGAAUGGGAGAGGGCCUGAGAGAGUUGGGUACUCGCUGUGAUAUGGCUUGUUAAGAACUGAAGUAUGGCAGGCCGGUGCCGCCACAGCGCUGGAGGGGGAAGGGGCUUGCCUGAAGAUGUAUCCGAACUGUGUCGCGCUCGAAGAGUGGCGAUGUGUGAUGGGUAGUACAUUUCAAUUCCAGUGGGGGGCUGUGGUGGGUAUGUAUGUCCACAUGAGGUUGCGGUUGCCGCGUUGUAACACAUGCCUCCG